GCAAAGAUAUUUUGGUUGUGGUCGGUUGCCAACGUUGCAGAAAAAACGUUGAGCAAAACAAAGUAAAUGGUUGAGGUGGUUUGAGGUCACGAAGGUCAGGAAAUAUCUAUAGAAAAUAAAAUUUUUAUUAUAUUAUUAGCCCUAGUUCCUUCAUUUUGAUUGCAUUAAAUGACUUUCAGUGACGCUUGAAAUCAAGGAAAUACCACAAUUUAUGAAUUGAUAACUAUUUUCAUCCUUUUCCUUGCGUGGCGUCGGUAUGAGUCAAGCGGCGUUUGACAACAUUAUAACCUCAACAUUUGAUAUUAAAUCAAAACCAUUUUUGAAAUGUUUGAAGAUGAAGACACCGGGGAACCAAAAAUUGCAGGGACUUAUCGAGUAGAGCAACCCAUGCGUAAUUUUAAAAUCAGAAUAGAAAUCUCCCAACAAAAAACCCCAAUAGCAGAACUCUUCGAGGACCCAAGGGAGUACCUGGACCCAGAUUUUCUAGACGAAGAGAAGCGCACUUUCUCAUGGCAAGAAAAAGUCUUUAGUCCAUUCGAGGCAAAACAUUAUACUGAAGAGAAAAAUUGCAUCACCAACCUUGAAAAAGAAUACAGACAACGAAUUCUUGACGAGAAUAUCGAAGGCUCCCGAUUAUACACCCACACGAGUCAAGAUUCAUAUUAUCCAGAAAAUUCUUUACUCACAGAACCAUUUACUUCUACCCUCUCCAUUAGAAACGAACGAGCCUUGCCUUGUUUGAGAAACAGGAAACCUUUUAAACGAAGAUAUAAUAAAAAAGUAAUCGAUGAAAAGCCUACUAAUGAGAGAAUCUGCGCGAAUCAUUAUUUUUACGAAGAAAGAGAAAUUAUGUAUAUUUUGGCUGAUGUCAGUCCUAAAAACGAGGAAGCCAGUAACUCGAAGGAUUCAGCGAGCUUGAUUUGUACUGUUACCUACGAUCGGGUUCAUAAACUUUUGACCGUUGAACCAGAUUUUUCGAACCAAGGAUAUUAUAGAAUUUUUGGAACUGGGAUGGGCUAUGAUUAUUGGAUUACACAUGUUUCCCAAGGACCGAGUGAAGAGGAACAAGAGACGAUAACCAAAAUUUUAAAACAGGAAGUACAAAGAGUACAGAAUUUUAGGGAGUACCAACUAAAUCCAAAACUGGAACUCGCACCAUCGAAUAUACUUCGACUUUUCUUGAAUCUGGAGAUUAUAUCGGCCCACGAAUUUUCUUACGAUUUGCUCUUCAUAACUUAUUUCUUGCAUUUGCCUAAAAAUUGGAGCACGCCUUGUAGAGAAUCUUUAACGGGAAGAACUCAGAGGUGUCGAAUGAAAAAGAAAAAGGCAAAUUUUAGUUAUGUUGUGGAAACUUGGCUGGAUUUAGAUUUAAAAAGUUUAAGGAAAAAAGACGAACCCCUUUCCUGGCCCUUUUUAUUAAUUACAGUUGCUUCCUUAGACAGUUGGCAAAGGUGGAGGAUAGAAGGUUACGGAUCGUCGGCUCUCGCCUUCAAAUCUGGAACCCAUAAUUUAAAAAUCCUCACUUGUCGACCUUCCAGGGGUUUCGUAGAUUCUCUGCGUUGGUUUUUCACUGGUGGAAUUGACGAAACGGAGGAUUAUUUUGUGGUCUCGGAGGCCUUUGAAGAAAAGAAAUUAAACAGGUGUCACAUGAAAGUAAUUCCAAGUGGUUACGUGAAAUUAAAAGCAAAUAUUGUACAUCAAAGUCAGUCAUUUACUAAAGGUAGUGAUCUUCAUAAGGAUAUUUUUGACAGAAUGAGCUCGGGGACGCUGAUGAGCAACGUUGAAGACGUUUUAACCCAAUUUCAAAUGGCAAGGGAGCGGAUGAUUCGUGCCAGAAAUUUCAACUAACCGAAAUUAUUUUCUUGAAAUUAGUGAGAAUUAGAUUUUUUUAAUUAUUAGAAAUUGCUACAAUGUAGCAAAUAAAAAUUUAAUGCUGAAGAAAUAGUGAUAUUUAUUCUCAUAAUUAUCACAAAAUUACUAAAAGCACUUUCCGAGAGAGGAAAAUAAUAUUCUUUUUUUAUUUUUUGUAUUUUUAAAGAUUAGAGACAUUAUAAUCUGCGUGGCGCUCAUAGUUCGUGUAAGAGUAUAAGUAUAUAGAAUAAUUUAAUUUUUGUAAUAAGCAGCUGCUUAGCCAAUUAAAAAUAAUUUAUCUGUAAAAAUAUAUGGUACUAAAAAAGCAGGAAUAAUAUUUAUUUUGCAAUUUUUAUUUUUAUUAAGCAAUAUUUGAGAGUCCAUUGAGGUAGAAAAAU